GGCCCAAGCCUUAAACCCCAUUCAACCUCUUUUUCGUUUUUGUGAUUUGUUCCCUCUCCCGGUGUCUCUCCUCCCCAACUCACCGGCCGGCCGGCCACCGACGGCAGCUACUUCAUCUUCUCGCCCUUCUUCUCUCUCUUGCAAUGGAACAUGGAUCCUUUACAGAUGAGACCAAAUCAACAUUUUCUAUGGCUGAUGAAGAUCAUACACUUGCAAAUGCUCUCAGAUGCACUUUGAAUCAAGAUCCAAGAGUGACAUUCUGUGGGUAUAGCAUCCCUCAUCCUUCAGAUAAUCGAGUUAAUAUUAGAGUCCAGACAACAGGUGAUCCUGCUAGAGAAGUUUUGAAAGAUGCUUGUCAGAACUUGAUGGUGGUGUGUCAGCAUGUGAGGAACACAUUUGACAAGGCUGUGCUUGAUUUCAAUCUCACCAAACCAAAAGAAAAACCUGUGGGAGACAUUAAUAUCAAAUAGAAUGGGACCUUUGUUUUUUCUUUGCCUUAUAAUUUUACCCUUUUUUUUGUUAGUUUACAGUUUAUUGAGAUGGGUUAGUUAGAAACAGAUUAAUUCCAUUGAGUUUUGCUUGUUUUUAUUGGUAUCUCAACUGAUGGCUUAUCCCUCCCUUCAGGGAUUUCAUGUUAAAUAUUAGGUUUGGUUGAUUUUACAUUUAAUUAGAAGAAUGCAAAUAUAUUAAGAUUUA